GUAGUGUGCGUGUGCGCGCGUGUGUGUGUGUCCAGUGAAAUCGAUACACGGAUAUUCCUUUGGUGUGUAAAAUGUUACAUUAUUAUAUAAUGUCUCGUCUCGUGAAGUUUAUUGGUAUAAGUCUCGAAAGGCCAUCGUAUAAACACCUCUACAUCUUACUGGUCUCUUUGCCUUUGUCACUCGGAACUACUCGGAUGUCUCCGCACUCGACAAUGACCUUGGACGUGAUACGGAGGCAUCCAUAUUGAUUGUUGAUUUGUUGGGAAGGAACUUCCCAGAGGACGCUUACGUAUGCACCUGCCACACCCCCUUUUGAAAUAUUCUCGUAAAAUUAUCAUGAAUGAUGAUGACUUGGAAAUUCAGUGUGUAAGCAAGCGGUAGCAAUUGAUAAGUGUAGAAGUCGUCAUCCAAUAAAAAGAAUGCCCUUUGAGCUGUGACUGUUUUCAGCCCUUGUUUGUGGUUAGCUGCCCAUAUUAUAUUGUAAACAGCUAAUGACCUAACAUUAGAAGUAUGGAGCUUGCGGAAUGAGCCGAGGAUUGCCGAUUGUGCCUUUGUCUCCCGCCAUUUUUUCUUGGAGCGGAUAACAACCUUUUUGAAACCGAGGCCAAAUCUAAUAUUUUCCUAAACCGUCGUACAUGUGUGAGCUGGUGUCUUCGGGCUGCGAAGAUGGAUAACAGAAGAAACACAUUAACAGAAGACUCAUUUAUAAUUGUGCUUUUCCCAGAAGAAGGGUCUGUCGCAUUGAUCCGAAAGUCAUGGAUUGAAAGUACAGAAAAUGAUGGAGAUGAAAUUCGAGGAAUAUGUUGGUGGCCUAGUGGUAAACGAUCACACACAACUGCUUUGAAGAGGGCAUACGUGCCAGACAAAUUUAUGUGGACAAGACACCAUAUACGUAUUUUAGGAUACGCUGAUACCUAUGAGGAAGCUUUAGAGAAGCUGAAAAUUUCAGAGGACACAUCAAAUAUUGACUCCCCAGCUAAAGGGAACUCUAAAGAGAGAAAUGAUGAUGAUAAUUUUCCUGAUGAGGAUGUAGAAUAUGAAGAUGCAGGUGAAGAUGAAGUAGAGGCUAAAGAAGAUGGAGAAGUGCCUGUGCCCAAAGAGCUCUUUUUUUCGUCUCCAUUACCAUCACAAAGUAAAAGUAGCAAACCUAGCCAGGAUGAUAAUAGUCCAGCAGAAAAGUUUUGUUCUGAUAGUGGUAAGUUGUCCUGCUAAAUCAAGUACAUAUAGGGAUACUUGUAAGUUUUAUAAAUUUAGCUUUUUAAUCUGACCCAUGCGUGUAUUAAUGCAUGUUUUUUGUUCUAUACGCGGUUUGGACUUUAUUAAAAUACAAGUAAUUGUGUUGGAUUUUGAUGUAAAUACUUGAAUUACACAUUUUUUCUUCAACAUUUUAUAUUUUAAUACAGAAUUCAAGCAAAGGAUGCUCUUUAAAUUGGAAGAGAUCAUUGCUAACCAACAUGAGGAACUCUGUCUUUUGCGACGUAUAAUUGCGGAAAAAAAUGCAGAGGAAGAAGAUGAUGCUUUCGAAUUUAAAAAGUUGAUGGAUUAUGAUGAUCUCAAAUCAUUAGAGGCUAAGCUUAAUGAGGAUAUGUUGUACAAAAGAAGACUGGUAAUUAUGCACCUAAUUUUGAUAUCAAGGGGUUUUUUCAUAACUACAUGUUCAGUUGGACAUGGUUGAUGUAGUACUUGAGACACUUGCAGUAUAGUGAUGGAUGUGCAAAAAAUAGUACAUAAGUGCUAGGUUUACUGUAUAUAAAAGUUAAAAAUUAGAAGUUCAAAGGGUUUUAACUCAUAAGCUACUUCAUGGGGCCUCAGAGGCCCACUUCCAGUUUCUAACGCUACUCUGAAAAACUCGGCUGUUCAUGUUUUCCUCGAGUUACCUACCUUUUAUCACCACACAAACUGAUUUCAUUGUCUUGGGAACUGUUUCCAAGGUAAUCCAAUUUAGGUAGUAUGUACCCCUUAAACGCCCAACAUGGCCCAGGUCCACCCCCUGGCAAAACAACAGGAUUUGGUGCCAUAUCGAAAUUUUCCUGAGAAUAUGUUUCCAUGCUCCAAUACACAGUUGCUAAUAUAUUGAUAAUUUAUGUCCCGUAAAUAAAUGCCAAGUCUUAUACCAUGUCAUUGUGAGCAUUCAGCAUAUACUUUAUGUCAUUAUAUGCCCUUGAGACCUACCCCAAAUUAGCUACUUCUGCCUUAAAAUCCUCCAUUUUUAGGAUAGAAUCUCAAAAUCACCAUAUACAUGACAGCUGUGUUGAUACCAUUAGCAAUUCAUAUGUUCAGAAGAGUGGGCCCUGGCGUGUGGGCCUCUGAGGGCCGCCGAAGGUGGAUAAAGGGGUACAAAUGAUGAAGUAGCUUAGGGGUUAAAGUGUCUAAAAAGAUGGCAGAAAGAAUCGGGCUGCCUGUAUGGGGGUGCAGGAUGCGCAGACUAUUCUGUGUGUGUUA